CCAAGAAAGCACAGAACUGAAUUGAAAAACGCCUUUACCAUGUGUAUUCUCUCUGCCAGCGGGUAUGAAUUGCCCAAUUAUUAGUGUUGGCAGGCGCGUUUAAGGAUGACGUCAGAGCGAAGUCCGCAAGGAGAUCGUUCAGGUGAAAAGAGAGGUUGAAGUGGAAAAUACGCGAUGCUCGGGAAGGAGAGGCCGAGGAUUCGGCCAUUUCCACACGUCGAAUUGUUCAUAAUUAAAAUGUGAAUACUGGUAAAAGGAGAUUAAUCUCGCUGCCGCUGAUUACGACACAGGGUGAACGCCAGCCUUCGAGAAAGACGGCUGGUCAGAGCGAUGCACGCGCGCUUAUCCAGCCAUUGCUCUGUCUCAAGCUCGCGGUGGGUUUGACAAACAACAAGCUGAGGGUAAAUCAAGCGCAACAGUUACCCGUUAUUCUUGGUCCUGGGCUGGAGUAGAAUUCAAAAACAUCGCACAUUCGGAUUAGGUGAUGUGAUAACCUCUGUAAGACACGAAAAGAAAAGGACAUAUCUUUGGGGAGAUGCUUGUGUACCGUGCAUUUGACCACCGUAGAAACGUGGUUGCACUCGCAGCUGAUGGGGUGAAGUAGGUUACGGAGAGGUCCUGACGGUGGACCCCAGCGCUAUUUUUCGUACUGGACAUACAUGUUAUUAAAUAAUGCAAGGGGUAACGGUGACGGGAGAAGCGCCCACAUUAAAUGGGGCUGGAAGGGAGGAGGUAAGUCUUGAAAAUCAGCGUCCCCUCAAGCAGUCCCUUAGUGGAUCACUGUGCCGAGAGUCCCAUUGGAAGUGCCUGCUACUCACCUUGCUCAUGUAUGGCUGCUUUGGCACACUAGGCUGGUGCUCCCUCUACCGCAUCACUGUAAUGGCGUCUGAUUUCAACGGAGACCGUGCCCGACUCUACCAUGACAGCCCAUGUUCCAAUGGUUAUGUAUAUAUCCCUGUGGCCUUCCUGGCUAUGCUCUAUGUAGUCUAUUUGGUGGAGUGCUGGCACUGUUACUCUAAAACGGCUAACCUUGCCAAGGUGGAAAUCAAUGAUGUGUACGACAGGAUACAGCGGCUGCAGCAGGCCACUCCUUGCAUCUGGUGGAAGGCCAUCAGCUACCACUAUGUACGACGUACAAGACAGGUUACACGCUACCGGAAUGGAGAUGCCUACACCACCACACAGGUGUAUCAUGAAAGGGUCAAUACGCAUGCCACAAGCUCUGAGUUUGAUUACUCACACCUUGGAGUCAAAGAUGUUUCCAAAGAGCUGCAGGGCCUAUUGGAACAUCCUGUCACACGCUUGCGUUUCACCAAGUGCUUCAGCUUUGCCAGUGGCCGUGCUGAGACUGCCUACCUCACACAAAGAGCGCGCUUCUUCGGUGACAACGAGGGUUUGGACGACUACAUGGAGGCACGGGAAGGUAUGCAUCUAAAAAAUGUGGACUUUCAGGAACACAUGUUGGCAUUUCCCGACCCAUCAUGGCCACCCUGGUACACACGACACUGGGUGUACUGGCUUGCCUCUGCGUUUUUGCUGUCAUGGCCUCUUCGCGUGAUUGCGGAGUACCGCACGGCUUAUGUCCACUACCAUGUUGAAAAAUUGUUCGGCGAGAAUGAGGAUGCAAAUGACAAUGAUAAUACAGAAACUGGGAACUACUCUACAGGCUUUGAGCAAGGCACUGGGGGUCCCACCCUGCGUGUCAUAUCACGGGUCAACACAGUGGAUAUGACUGAACUGGAAUGGCACAUUCGCUGUAACCAGCAGAUGGUGCCUAGCUACUCUGAGGCCUUGCUUAUGGAUUUGGAAAUGAAUACAAACACCCCAUUGUCUGUCGCAAUGGCAGCACAUAUGCAACGUAAUUCCAGCUACUUCCUUCAGAGCUGCCCUAGGUGUCGUAGGUCGACAAGCAGCUCCUCGCUCCCAUCCUGGGUUAGGGGGAACAUGGCCACAGGGACAAACUCAUUCCCCAUUCGGCCUGGGGGUAGGCUGUCUCUUAGUCGCAGUGGUUUCUCACUUGGGCGUUUACAUACCACAAGAAACCGCCAUCCUUGUCUUUUUCAUUCAAGAAGCCUUGUGGGAGGGAUGGCCAGCAGGGUGGAAGAGGGAGGUGGCGGUUUCCUUGGUCUUGGUUUCAGAGUGCCAGAUGAGGAAAGGAGAGGCGUAUUGGAGAGUGAGAGUCUAGAAGAUGAGGAGAGAGGCCAGGAACAGGUGGAAGAGGGAGAGAACGGAGAUAUUAGGGAUGAUGAUAGAGACGGGCCACCCACCUACCAGGAUGCUUUGUACUUUCCAGUUCUGAUCGUUCAUGGGGAAGAAAGCUGUCAUGGGGGGCAUGGCAUUGACACAGGCUAAAAGAACUGAUAUAACAAAGAAAAUAAUGUAUGCAUUGACUUUUUAUGAAGUAGAGAACAGUUGACAUAUGAGGGCAGAACAGACCUAGAACAGAUAGGAAGAUUGAAUGGGUCGAGGAUUAGAAAUAAAAUGAGGAAUAUACACACAGGUUAUGAACCUGAAAGAUUGUCAAUGUGUAACACUGAAAUUCAAUUCAUUUGUUAAUGAAUGUGUAACAUGGUCAUGUCAUAUCCAUGUCAAUUGCUCUGACUUGAUACAGACUGACGCUAAUUAUACAGCAUGUGUAGUAAAUACCUAGUAGAAAUAUCUAAUAGGCAUGGAACAUCAGUGCCCUAUAGAAAUGUUAAUUUCAAUUCUUGAAAUCUCUGUCAAAUCCUGUCCAUAACAAACAGAGUUAAUUGUGUCCAUCUUUUGGCCAUGGGAGAAAUGUAGUUUACAUGACAAGCUGGGUGUCUGCAACCUACUUAUUAGGUCUGCAACUUUUGGGACUGACCAUUUAAGUGAAAGCCCAUGCUUGCACAGUACAUAAUACUUAUAGAAUCAUAUGAAUAAAGAGACUGUGGAAAUGAGGCUUAGAUAUAAACUGUAUUUCCUAAAGUAGACAAAUUAGAAAGCGUGAAGAUUGAAAUCUUAGAUUGUUGCUGAAUACUUUAUAGAAAAGAGCAGACAAAACAAAACCAAAUGGUUCUCAGGGGGAAAAGUUUUUUUGUUUGUUUUUAUUAUUAUAAUAAAGGGUGAUGGUAAUAAUUAUUAUGAUGUGAAUGUAGUAAGCUUGUGAAUUGUAAUACCUCACUGUUUGUCACUGUGCUUUAAUCCACUGUCCUGGUUAAUGACUUAUUUUUGCCUCUUGAUCUUUUUAAUUGCCUGGUAUAAGCACAGUGCUUAUAACUUCACUUAUGUCUGCCUUAGGGGUUUAUAAUGUCAGCCUCAAGUCUACUGCAGCCAGCUAAGAGUAGAUCUGUUCAGCAGCAGCUUACUUUCCUUUUGUAUUCCUUUUUAUUCCUCUGCACACAAGAAUGAUUGAAGAUGGGUACACCAAUCCAUCUGUAGGUCUUCUUUUGCAUUCUUCCUUAGGCUGUUAGAAUAUUUAUAAUAUGGGCUUAAGCCUGUUUAAAAUUGAUAAAAGUAUUGCUAAUAGAAGAAAUGGUCAACACAAGAUACAGAGUAGUAAAACAAUCCACUGUCCCAUGUAGUCACAUCAGUAACAUGCACAUAAUUGCCUAGACAAGCAAACAAACAUAAAUAAUAGGUGUGUAGGUCAGCACAAGCACAAAGCGCCACCCACAUUACAAACCGAGCAGGGACUGAUGUGGAACAAAUGCUGUCCUUUUAAUAGACAGCCUUGACGACACUGAAGGAACGAAUGUAAAACAGCUUUGCACAUGGAAAGGAUGUUAUUUAAAAAUAAAAAAAACCUGGUGACAAAGGUCAAGUCCAAAGCACACACCGAGAGCGUAGCUGUAUUGUUUGUAGGAUUUCUACUAAUCAAAUGCUACUAUUUCAAGCACUAACAUAUCUCAGUGAUGAGGAAAUGAGUACAGUGGUCAUGACCAUGAGGCUCUUAAUAAAGUCAAACCAUUAACAAA